UUGACAUUUAUUUAGUUAAUAUUAAUAUAAUAAUGACAACCCUUUCAGCUUCAGCGGUCAGCGGUUUCGUUUUGUGAUUGACAUUUGUUGUGUAAAAUAAAUGUGAAUUGGAAAAUUGAAAAUGUCGCUCCGAAAAGUACUUUUCCUAACAAAAGCAGUGUGUUGUAAUACAGUGAAGCUACAAAAGACUAGUUUCCCUCGACAUAAUUUGUGUUUCGUUAGCGCUAACUCCCUUAGAUUCUACGGCACCGAAAAUAUAGGUGAUAAAAACAAAUCAGGAACACCUGAGAAGGUAGACAUUCUAGGAAGGUUCUUCCCACAGAACCCAGUAGCAGAUGAGGCACAAAAAAUAAAAAGUGAACAAGAAAACUUUGAAAAGGAAAACAAGGAGAAAACAGAAGAGAAUGAAAAAAGCUGGCGGAGGAUGAAGAUUGGGUUCGCAGUAUUUGGUGGAGCUCUAACAGUAAUGGGCGGCUGCAUGGUGGUGGAGAUGGGAGCGCCGAGGCGCGCUGAAGAUGGCACGCUGCUGGAGGACGAGUUCUCGCAUCUGCCGGUGCCGCUGCAGUACUUGAAGAGGACGUGGAAGGAGCUCACGUUCUAUGAGAAGAUGAUCAAAGAGCCGUCCCGAGAGAAACUCCUGCCUGAUCCGCUGCCACCACAGUACCAGCCCACCUACACCCUCGUGCUGGAGUUCACAGAUGUGCUGGUCCAUCCUGAUUGGUCCUACCAGACUGGCUGGAGGUUUAAAAAGCGUCCCGGCGUCGACCAGUUCCUUCAAACCGUGGCAGCAUCUGACUUCGAAGUUAUCAUCUUCACAUCCGAGAACGCGUUCAUGAUCUGGCCAGUGAUCGACAAACUAGACCCUGAGAAUAAGAUGAUCGCGUAUAGGCUGUUCAGAGAUUCCACUCACUUCAUAGAUGGAGUUCAUGUUAAGAACCUGGAAGGACUCAACCGGGAUUUGUCAAAGGUGAUCGUAGUAGACUGGAACAAACAAGCGACCAAGUUCCACCCGGAGAACGCGCUAAUCUUGCAAAAGUGGAAGGGCGCGGAUGACGACACUGCCCUACUCGACCUGGCCAACCUGCUGCAAACCAUCGCGAUGUCGUCAAUAUCGGACGUGCGCGACGUGCUGCGCUACUACAGCCAGUUCGACGACCCCAUCGCCGCCUUCCGCGACAACCAGCGCAAGCUCAUGGAGCAGAUGGAGGAGCGCGACAAGCAGCCGCCCGAGCCCGCGCUCACCAGGAACUGGCUGCGCUCCUUCACGCGCCGCUAACUGCUGAGGUGGAGGAGCGCGGCAAGCAGCCGCCCGAGCCCGCGCUCACCAGGAACUGGCUGCGCUCCUUCACGCGCCGCUAACUGCUGAGGUGGAGGAGCGCGGCAAGCAGCCGCCCGAGCCCGCGCUCACCAGGAACUGGCUGCGCUCCUUCACGCGCCGCUAACUGCUGAGGUGGAGGAGCGCGGCAAGCAGCCGCCCGAGCCCGCGCUCACCAGGAACUGGCUGCGCUCCUUCACGCGCCGCUAACUGCUGAGGUGGAGGAGCGCGGCAAGCAGCCGCCCGAGCCCGCGCUCACCAGGAACUGGCUGCGCUCCUUCACGCGCCGCUAACUGCUGAGGUGGAGGAGCGCGGCAAGCAGCCGCCCGAGCCCGCGCUCACCAGGAACUGGCUGCGCUCCUUCACGCGCCGCCUUUGCUGAGGUCGAUACCCUUUCUGUACCACUACCCUGGACGUACACUUUAUCGCUACGAGAUAAGGUCUAACAAUAGUCAGAAGUGUGUUCCACAAACAAGCCAUUGGUUGAUUUAGAAGUUAGGUCCUUCACGCGUCGCUAGUGUUAUACAGUAAACUUACGGGAGGCAACAUCUUUCGCUACGACCAGCGCAAGCUCAUGGAGCAGAUGGAAGAGAGAGAUAAACAAUCGCGAGCGCUGCGAUCAUUCAGGCUACUUACUAUGUCGUCGCCACAGUUAAUUUUACCGAUUAUUUGUAGACCUUCUUGCAACGAGUUAAGGUUUAACGAUGGUCAUUCAUUGUCAGCCACUGGUUUAAUUAGAAACACAAUUAGACAUAGUUUUGCAAACGGGAACCCCAAGAAUUUUUUUUAGAAAAUCGAAUUUUACUGUUAAAACUAGAGAUGUGCAAAUCGCUUCACCGAGUUGAAAAGAUUGAUUCACGCUCGCUCACUCAUUUCACUCAGUGGAUCUGUAAAAGAGAUGGUUGUAAUACACACAGCCAGAAGUGCGACCAAGAUGGCGAAACACGCGCUACUAUCCCGUCAUGUUUUCCCGAAAACCUCCGGACCUCGAGAUAGAUGAGUUACUGAGCAAGUUAAAGCGAGUUGAAGAGCCAGUGAGUUCAAUCAAAAGAUAUAAUACAUUUAAAUGACUCACUCGUGAACUACACAUGUCUAGUUAAAACACGGGGAAAUUGAAUCGAGAUUUAGUGUGGGUUGGUUCCCGUUUGCAGAACUAACUUGUAAGCGAGUGAAUAAAGUGGCCCUUGACAGACAAAUAACAUGCCAACGCUUGGGCUCAAUUGUUGCAUUUGAACGCAUUCAGAAAGAAACUAUCACUAUAGUUAUACCUCGUAAGUUAUUGAGCCGGGAAAACGGCAUUAUGAAACACAAGAGAUGUUAGGGAGAUGUAGGGUUGCUAAAACAGCACAUUCACAACUUGAGGGUUAAGUUAAGCUAUGAAUGGCAUAAACGCGAUACGUAAAUGUUCGCGUGAAAACGACUUGUCAUAAAGUCAGUUUUACCUUAGCAAACCUAACUGUCUAUCUAUUAUAAAUCGUGCCCUUCAUGGAGACACAUUCCUUGACUCGUAUUGUCAAGUAAUUAAUGGUUAGGUUUGACAAAUCUGCGCGUCAUCGUGAAUGACACGAACUAUAACAUGAACGAACGAAUUGUAUUGUAGCAUUUAUAAUUCGCAUUUUGGAAUUUUCUCAAACCUUAACUUUUUUUAAAUCUGAAACUGCUCGUUUUUUACCUGUAAAAAGCAAUUUUUGUGCUUGAAAAUGUAUUUUCUUGAAAUAAGUUACACAAGGGGGUGACUGAUACCAAGUUAAAAGCUAUAAUAUAUUUAUUUCCUCUUUUUUCUUGCUUUUACUUUUCCUACUAUUUAACCCUCUAAUGUAUUGACAUGUAACAAGUAAUUUUAUAGCGUUUUAAAAUCAAGAAAAAAAAACCUUGACAUGUUCUUUCACUACACUGAAGUCUUUACAAUGAUAAUGAAAUAUUCUACCCCUAUUAAAUUGCCCCUUAUGUACCUAAUAAAAACACAUAUAUUUGCUGCCUCUGAACUUACAAUGGGACAUGUUAUAUCUAAAUCCCAAAUACUUAUUAGCAGUAACUAUUAGGCAUUGUUGACAUGAAUGUAAAUUAUACAGAGUGACCCAAAAGACUGAUUUAGCUAGCGUUUUUGAUUUAGCUGCAGUCAGGUUGUGAAUUUUAAAAAUCUGCCCCCACACUCCUGUAAACACAAUUUACUUAAAAAUGUGUUGAAUAAAAACUGUUAACAGCACGUAUGGUGCUACUUUCUCGCACUAAUGCGGGAAUGAGCACGUUCCGUGCCUGUGUCGAAAGUUUAAAGAGCCAUAUGUACUGUAAAACGUUGCAGGAUACACGUGCGAAUAGGUAAUUCGCACUUGUAUCGUAAAUAACUAUUGGGUUAUUACCUGCAGCGAUAUCUGAAACAUGAUUGUGUGUCAUCUUUUAUGCCACUCUGUAUAAUUACCUAAAUUUAUUUUAGUUUGCAUAUCGGGCACCAUUUUAAACUUUAUUUCUUUAGCCAUAAACUUAACUACCAACCUGAAGUAAAGUUUAAAAUGACGUCCUAGGAGCAUUUGUUGUGUUAAUUGUUAUUUGUAUGUAUGUUCGUAUGGGCAUUGAAAUGGAUGAAAGAGUGUAUGUAAUACAAGUCAUUUAUUUAGAUAGGAAAUAUAGUUGUUUAUUAACGAA